AUGGCUGGAACGUCGCCGCCUAUUGAUGCUUGGAACUAUAUACUAUUUUCCAUCGAGGACAUUAUGAAUGUGUUAUCUAUCCCCGUUAUUUGCAUUUUAUUUUACAUCUGCAUAGUGCAAAGAAAUCUUCAUGUCAACUUUAGGUGUUUACUGGCCUUGACUGGAGUUGGACAUUUGAUUUGUUCCUUACAUAGACUGAUUCUUGUUACUGCCCGUAUGUGCUGCAUUGCGCAGCAAGUCACACCUCUUGUGAGUAAAUUGUUGGUGGUCCAAUAUGUUGGCAACAACUUAGCAGUGUUUGCUUGGCUUUUCGUGACCAUUGAAAGAGCUAUAGCGACCGUAUAUACAAGCAAAUACGAAAAAAGAUGCAAAAAGCGUAUGUGGCCUAUUUUCUUGUGCAGCAGUGUCGUCUUUCUCGCAGCUGUUGUAUGCUACCUCGCACAAUCGAAUUUGGGCAAAAAUUUCGACUUUUACAUUAUGGGAAUCCAUAUUUCACUUGUAGUUAUCUGCUUUGUGGCUCUGGCUACUAUCGUAUUUUUCAAUAUCUCUGCAUACCGUAAAAGACAUACUACGAUGAUGCAAUUGUCGAAUCGGUAUCAGUUAGAUGAGAACAUACGCGGGAGCCGUUACCUUAUUCCUGUAGCACUCAAUGAUGUAUUUGUGAAGGUUGCUUUCAUUUUGCUAAUGGCGUAUUCUUUAUUUUUUACGAAUAUUCCUCUUGGUCUCGACACCACUCAUUUGAGUCAUGCUUAUGACAUAUUAUGGGCUUAUCAGCGAAUAUUCUUUGGAUUAGCAUUGACCAUUCGCAGUCAGAAACUUGAUCACAUCUUCCGAAGACGGAAAAAGACUACAAAGGCUAUUGAAAAACACGCUGCUGCCACUGAUAAGUACUACGUGGACCUCAAAGAGAUGUGGUCUUGA